AAAAAGAAAAAGGAAAUCUUCCUAUCCUUUGGCUUUCAUUACACAGUAAUAGACUGGAAGAGAUGACUUCUUCUUCAAUUUGUUCAAUAUUAACCACACCCAAUUCUCUGCUUUCAUAUACCAAACUCAAACCCAUUCCCACUUCUAAUUCCCACUCUCCAAAACCUUCUUCUUUCAUUCCCAAAGCUUCUGUUUCCAAAGAAACAGUUUUGAAGUCUUUCAAUGAUAAAAAAGCACUCAAGAUCAUUUCAGGGUUGCAGAACUUUAACAAAGAUAAUGUUGCCUCUGUUGUUACUGCUGCUGAUAAGGGUGGAGCGACUCAUGUAGAUAUAGCUUGUGACCCGGAGUUGGUCAAGUUGGUCACCAGCUUGACUCGUCUCCCAGUUUGUGUCUCGUCUGUAGAUCCAUCUGCUUUUCUUGCUGCUGUAGAAGCUGGAGCUUCGAUGGUGGAAAUCGGAAACUAUGAUUCAUUUUAUGACGCGGGCAUAGUGUUUUCACCAGAACAGAUAUUGAACUUAACCAAGGAGACACGGAGAAUUCUUCCGCUGGUGACAUUAUCCGUCACUGUGCCCCAUACACUAAGCCUUCCUGACCAAGCCAAGCUGGCGGAGCUGUUGGAACAAGAAGGUGUUGACAUCAUUCAGACUGAAGGAGGAAAAUGCUCCAACCCAUCAAAUUCUGGUGUUCUUGGUUUAAUUGAAAAGGCGAGUCCAACGCUGGCAGCAGCAUAUUCGAUUUCACGGGCUGUUAAGAUCCCUGUGAUGUGUGCAUCUGGAUUAAGUGCAGUGACAGUUCCAAUGGCCAUCACAGCAGGGGCUGCAGGAGUGGGUGUUGGGUCAGCGAUUAACAAACUGAACGAUGUGGUUGCGAUGAUUGCGGAAGUCAGGAGCAUUGCUGAUUCACUAGGCUUGCCAAUGAACACAACAAGUGAACUAGAAAACAGAGCUUUGAGAUUGUAGGCAGUUGUUUAGUUUGAAAUAAAUAGGAUCUGUUGUUUUGACUUUUGACUUUCAAGAGUCAAACAUAUAAAUGAACCAUGAAACUUCAGCUUCUUGCUCAUAUUGAAGAUAUUAAUGCAAUAUGAACGUAAUUAGAA